ACGCGCCGGGUGUCCUUUAAAUGCUCGCGCUGUGCUUUAAAUAGCAGGUGUGAGAAACGACUGUGUCCCUGCAUACACCCCUCAGACACCACCGCCAUCAUCACCGCCGCAAUGUCCACCGCCAGCGCCGAGACGACCGCACAGCUGCCCCCGGCCGCGGGAAGGGUGUUCUUUCAGCCCGGCGUGGUCUGCGCCGGUUCAGGACCGAUGCAGAGGGAUGACCCGGUGCCGAAAAAGCAGGGCAAAGUGACGGUGAAGUACGACAGAAAAGAGCUGCGGAAGAGACUCAUACUAGAGGAAUGGAUCAUUGAACAGCUGAGCGAUCUUUACGACUGCGAGGAAGAGGAAAUGCCAGAGCUGGAGAUAGACAUUGAUGAUCUCCUGGAGGUGAACAGUGAAGACGAGAGAGCCAUAAAACUACAGGAAUCGUUGUCAGACUGCUACAAGCCCACUGAUGACUUUGUGCGUGAGCUCCUCGGCAGGAUAAGAGGAAUGAGAAAACUCAGUGCUCCGCAGAAGAAAAGCUUUUAAGUGCUCCAAAAUGCCAACGACAAUCCAGCGACCUAAACUACAGAUCCCACAAUCCAUCACUCAGCGUAGAGUUGACCUCAUACAGCCCUCAAGGAUUCGCUAUCCCAGGAUUCAUUUCUGCUCCAGAAUCAAUAUACUCAUUCAUUUUCCAAGAACCUUGACUCUGUUCAGGACACCUAAAUUGAGUCAUCCAUUAUCCAUAGAUCAGACAAUAAAUCCAAGAGUGCAAAGUUCAUCCAGGACACAAUCAAACAAUCUCAGACAGUCUGUUCCUGUCCUCAACCUCUCAAAGGGUCUUACAGGCCCAACACAUUAUUACACGGUUUGGUGCAGUAUUACAGCUUUUUUUAUGAACCGCAACCGACUACAACGCUAUUUUAUAAAGCCUAUUAAAUAUAUUUUAAUUUUUUUAAUUAUUAAUUAAUUCAUUUUUACUUGAAGUAAAGAUGCUAAAGUUACAUAAAUCUUUGGUAUUUGUUGUUAAGCAAAAGACUGGUUUUAAUAGCUGUUGGCUUUUUCUGCUGAUCCCAGAAACAGUUUCCUCCCCUCACAUAGAAAUGUAUUUUUCCAAUCAUCUGAUUCUGGAUCAGCAGUGAUAUUCACCAAUAUCUGUCCAGUUAAAAUUCAUGAAUUUGCACGAACGUCAUUCUUCCCUAGAGUCUGUACAUGAGCCAAGCAUAAUGGAUUAUUUAGGUUCAUGAACUGUGGGUAAUGUUCAGUUUAAUUGGACAGAAUAAUAUCAGUCUGUCCAUCAUAAUUCUGGGGUUUUCAUAACAAUUAUUAUCUUUCAAGAACACUGAACUAUUCUUGAAAGGUCUGUGGCUAUAAUAACUACUUUCAUAAAGUGAAUAUGACUGUGGUGUGCUAAAACUGUAAAGAUUUUUGGUGGGAUAUGAUGACGGAAGUAAAGAAAUGAGGCUAUUUUCGGAAUUAAAGGAAUAGUUCACCUAAAAUGUAACCCAAGAUGUACAUGAGUUUGUUUCUUCAUUGGGAUUUAGAGAAAUAGAGCAUUGCAUCACUUGCACACCAAUGGAUCCACUGCAGUGAAUGGGUGCCGUCAGAAUGAGAGUCCAAAACAUCACAGUAAUCCACAAGUAAUCCAUACCGUUCCAG